AUGGCGGAGCAUGUGGACAAGGGGAACAACAGACAGGAGGUGGGAGAAACUGUGGUGUUCAUGAGCUCAUCUGUGCCAGACGAGCAGGCAGUGCUGGGUUUCAAGCUGGCUUGUUUCCAUGUCUCUCCUGAGCUUCUGGGUGUCCUGUCUUCCAUUGCAGCCUUCAUGGCGUUGAUGGCUCUAUUUUUUCUUUACCUCAGCAACAAGCUGUCUGUGGAAAGCCCCGACAAUUUGUCACAUCUGGGUGGCUAUAAGAGCAACCAUCAAGCUGCUGAUGAGCUAAUCUGGCAGUCGGCGUGCGGCGGGAUCCCUGGCUGCGAGAUGGCCUUCUUCAAAAGCUUCCAGCAGACCCUCCCAUCUGUCAAGAUUUCUUCCAUCUUGGACUCGGUCACCAGUCGGGUGGACGACCUGGCCACCGCCGUCAGCGACGUCACGUACGCCGUCAGCGACCAGCUGACCGAGCAGGUCACAACCAUCAUCAACAAGGUGCAGGAGGAGGGAGACGGGGAGAACGGCGGCCACCAGGAGCCCGGUCAGGCCCCCGAAGCUGGCAGUAAAGGCAUGUGGCAAAUGCCUCGUGACUUGGACGCCGGUCACACAGGCUCGAAAAACAAUCAAGCCAGCGAUAGCACAGAGGGAGAGAACAGUCAGAGCCAGCUGGAGUGGGAGUGGAGGGACGGAUGUUGGCGGGUAAAAAAGACAGAAGCUGAGUUAGCAGAAGAAGAGAGGAGGAAAAAGGAGGAGAAGGAGCAAGAAGAGAGGAGAGAACAGAGGAGAAAAGAGAGGAGAGAAAAGCAACUGGAAAAAGAGGCUAAGGCUCAGAGAGACCAAGAAGAAUUCAAGAAGGAAGAGCAAAAGGAGGUCAUUGAAGACUCAGAGACAACAGAGACCAAAGAUGGGCGAGACAGAAAGGAAAAUGAGAGUUCUGACCAAUUAGCUGCUCAGCCAAAAAGUGCAAGGUGCGAUAAGCUCGCUCUUUCCCCUAGCUGUGAAGCAGACGUCGGGAUAUCUAAACCAAAGGAGCUAGAAGAUGGAGAGGAGGUGGGUGGCCCUGAGAGAGAGGCAGACAAUGAGGAAGAAGCUGAGCCGUCUCGAUCUUCCACUGCGAAAAAGAAGAAGUCAGAUAAGAAGAAGAGAAAGGGUUCAAAGGAGAGUCCCAAAAAAUCCGAAAACACUUCAGAUGUGGAGAAAAAGCAGGACAGCAGCAAGAAAAGCAAGAAGAAGAAGAAGAAGAAGAAGAAAAAACAAGAUGGAAACGUGUCAGACAGCGAAGAAGAAGAAAAAGGCCCGGAGGCUUCGACCCAGCAGAACUCAACAUCUGGAUGGAGCAGUAAGAACAAAGAGUCCAGCGAGCUGGGGGGGUACAGCAGCGAGGCCUCCAGCGAACAGACCAGCAGCAUCCAGAGGAUAAAAAAAGACCCCUCCCUCAGCGAGCUUCAGCCGCCCCCGUACCAGGACGAGCGCUCGGGGCCGCGGGCGUCCUCUCGCGCCCGGCCCGAGCGAGGGGCCAGGAGGCCGUCGUCCCCGCCGCGCUGCGACAGCGAGGCCAGCGGGGAGCAGGACUCCGAGAGCUACCUCAACAAGGGCGGCGAGGAGGACAUUCCCAGCGACAGCACUGCCGUCCUGGGCCCAGAGGUGGGCGCGCAGCCGGACUUUGUUCCCUCUUUAUCGGUCGUCUUAACGGACGGCUCCCGCCUGCAGCUCCCCGCCGCCUACGAGCCCGAGCCCCUCGCCAAGUACGGCACGCUGGACGUGGCCUUCGAGUACGACUCCGGCGAGCAGUGGCUGGCCGUCACCGUCACCGCCGCCACCGACAUCCCCGCCCUCAAACAGACGGGCAACAUCUCCUGGCAGGUCCACGUGGUCCUGCUGCCCACCAAGAAGCAGCGGGCCAAGACGGGCGUGCAGAGGGGGCCCUGCCCCGUCUUCACCGAAACGUUCAAGUUCUCCAGGGUGGAGCAGGAGGCCCUGGGGGACUGCGCCGUCCGCUUCCGCCUCUACAGCAUCAGGCGGAUGAAAAAGGAGAAGGUCCUGGGAGAGAAGGUGUUCCACCUGACUAAACUCAACCUGCAGGGGAAGAUCGCUCUUCCGGUCACCCUGGAGCCCGGCUCUGAACUCACUGGCUGUGGCUCCCUGGUAAGCGUGUCUCGAAGUGCAGGCGCUCUGUCAUACCGCUCCACCGAGGACUCGUCCUUGCCAGAGAUCCUCCUGGGCCUCAUCUAUAAUUCUGCCACAGGACAGCUAUCGGCCGAGGUUAUCCAGGGAAGCCACUUCAAAACCACAGCGUCCGACAAGCCCAUCAACACUUACGUGAAGCUCACCAUGCUGGACUCCAAGGGCAAGGAGAUGUCCAAGCGCAAGACAGCCGUGUGCCGCGGCCAGCCCAACCCCACCUACAAGGAGACGUUCGUGUUCCAGGUGGCGCUCUUCCAGCUGUCCGAGGUGUCGCUGGUGCUGUCGGCCUUCUGCCGGCGGAGCAGCAUGCGGCCGCGGGAGAGGCUGGGCUGGGUCUCCCUGGGCCACAGCAGCACCAGCGAGGACCAGCAGGCCCACUGGACGGAGAUGCGGGAGGCGGAGGGCCAGCAGGUCUGCCACUGGCACACGCUCACGGACACAUAGAAAGACUGACCCCUUCACUGAGAGCAUUCCCCGGACGUGUAAGACGCGCGUUGGCGUGCGUCUCAUUCAGACGUGAGGACGGGCAUCGCUUCCAGGACUUCACUGCCAGACUGUGCGCAGACCCCUUUGGUCUGCCCCGUUUUUCUCUGAGUCAGGAAGUCUGACGCCACGUUUCUGUUUUUGUUUUUUUUCUGAUAGACCCGACAAAAUGACUAACAACUUUUAUGACUGAAUCGAGCAGGUUCAGAGUGAAACAGAUUAUUCUCUGCCCACGGCUAAAUCUGCAUGUACACAAACUGUUUACAAGGGCAACAUCGAGACACUUCCAAACUAUUCCCGUCCUUAAAUCUUGGACCAAAGAGCUCGGUCCAGGACAUGGCAGACUCCUUCCUACUUCCUUCUGGUCUUCAGCCACCACCAGCACACCGGACAUUUCUCUGCGAGUUGUAGCCACUGACAAAAGAGAAUGCCAUGGAAAGGACUGUUACAAGAGGCCUGUAACAUGCUGCAACUAUACCUAAAAGCUAUGCUUUGUAUGGUGUUUACAUGCACAUUACAUUAUGCAAGGUCUAAUCAUUGAUCCUCAUUUUCAUGUUCUUUGCAUAUCAGUCAUGAUCUAAAAGUAAUACGUUUAUUACACAAAGACAUCUUAUUCUUUAUAUUGUUGUUGUACAUAACGGAGUACACUAUGCAUCUGAUGCCACUUUAAACAAGCAGAAUGCACUUCUUUCUCGGGCUAGCUGAGAUUUUUACCGAGUCAGACAGGCUCUGCAUUGUUGCUGGUAUCAAAGAACAGCUUCCUCUCCUGUGUAACACUGAUUGAGCUUGUUUCACCGUUCAGCCUUCCGACAACUCAGCCAUGUUCAUUCAUGUAGAAACAUGGCGCUCCCCGCUGAGGAGGAAUAUGCAAAAGCCUGCGCAGUCCAAUAACCCGGGCUGACAGACACGGCUGUGUGUGGGGCGGGGAAACAAGUUACAAAAAAGGAAAGGAAAAUAAAAGAUACAUCAUAUAUUUUUUCAUUGAGAGGCUAUGGAUAAUGCAUGGAUAAAUAAAGUCUAAAAAAUCAAAUGUGAAAAGAUUAUGUGCAUUUCCCGGAAAUGUGAGGGAUCCGGUUGUCUAUCUGCAGAGGUCCUAUCUGGGACAAAGCCAAGUUUAAGGUUUGAUCUGGAGGAGCUAUGAAUCAUAGAAUCCCCCACAGGACAAUCAAAGACUUCCAAUCCCCACCCUCGUCUGUGUGUCUCAAAUGCAGCCCUUUUCCCGUCCUCCAGUUGGCAGAAGUUUAGGGGUGGGAGGCAUAUUUCUUUCCCCCCCCGUCCCAGUGAUGUCAGGCUUGAAGCUUUUGGACGGUGAGAGGUUCAGCUGGCCCACCUCGUCCCCUCACCUUCCACUGCUGGG